UAUUUUAACGAUAAAUGAAAUUAAUAUUAAGAAACACUUCCAUAAUUUUAGAUUUUACGAAAAAACAUUGUAUUGUUCUCAAGUAGAUCAAAUUUCAAAUUUGAUUGUGCAAUAAUAAAUAUUACGUCUAGAGAAAAAGAAUAAGGAGAGGACUUUUGUCAACCAAUCAGAAAAGAGGCUGCUCUGUCACUGCGGUGGGUUUAAAUGCCGCGUAGGUGACCUUCAUUUACCCUGUUGUUCCAGAGUUUGACAUCUGUCGGAGUGGUUCCUAAUUUCUCUGCCGGUAAAUAGAUCACCAACAAAACCAUGGCUCAUUUCAGCUACCUAACCGAAGAACAGCAAAAUGGUUUGCGAGCAACUGCUGAAGCUAUUGUUGCUCCUGGUAAAGGAAUUCUGGCUGCUGAUGAAAGUACAGCCACUGUGGGUAAGAGAUUUGCAAAUAUUGGUGUUGAAAACACUGAAGAAAAUAGGAGAGUUUACAGACAAUUAUUGUUUACCUCUGACAAGAUCAUGGAAAGCUACAUUAGUGGUGUGAUCCUCUUCCACGAAACUCUGUUCCAGAAGACAGAUGAUGGUACCAAUUUCGUUACCCUCCUCCAAAAUAGAGGAAUCAUUCCUGGUAUUAAGGUUGACAAAGGUGUCAUUGAUCUUAUGGGAUCAGAUGGAGAAUCUACUACUCAAGGUCUUGAUGACUUGAGCACCAGGUGCCAAGAAUAUUACAAAAUGGGAUGCCGCUUCGCUAAAUGGAGAUGUGUCUUAAAAAUUAGAGAUCAUACUCCUUCUCCUUUAUCUAUUUUGGAGAAUGCCAAUGUACUCGCUCGUUAUGCCACUGAGUGUCAAAAGGCUGGAAUUGUACCUAUUGUUGAACCAGAAAUCUUGCCCGAUGGUGAUCAUGAUCUGGAGCGUUGCCAAAAAGUCACUGAGAAAGUCUUGGCUGCUGUUUACAAAGCUCUAAGUGAUCACCACAUAUACUUAGAAGGCACACUCUUGAAACCUAACAUGGUUACCCCUGGUCAGAGUUGCUCAAAGAAAUACACUCCCCAAGACAUUGCCAAGGCCACAGUAACAGCUUUGCAAAGGACUGUACCUGCUGCUGUUCCAGGAAUAACCUUCUUGUCUGGUGGACAAUCUGAGGAAGAAGCCUCUAUUCAUUUGGAUGCCCUAAAUAAAUACCCUGGAAAGAAACCAUGGGCUCUUACAUUUAGCUAUGGCCGAGCUCUUCAAGCCAGUGCUUUAAAGGCUUGGGCUGGAAAGAAAGACUCUAUUAAGGCUGGUCAAGAUGAAUUCCUCAAGAGAGCAAAGGCUAAUGGACUUGCAUGUCAGGGUAAAUACACUCCUGGAUCAAUUGAAAGCCUGGCUUCCCGAAGUUCCAAUUUUGUCCCAACUCAUUCUUACUAACCCCUUAUUCCUCCUGCACUCGUGCCAUGUUUUUAUUUGUGCAUUUUAUAUGGUGCUAAAUUUAUAACUGCUCUCUCUCUUUAUGAGUUAUAAACUAAUCCUUAAAAUUCUAAAUUUAUUAACCCAUUCCGAUCUACUAAUCCUUUUCCCUUUAUUUAAAGCCACUCUCUUGCCUUAAUUGUUUUCAUGGUGCUAAAUUUUUUAUUACUGUCGCUAUAGUUCCUAUAGCUAGUUUUAAACUAAUCCUAAAAAUCUAUUUGUGGUGUUUUGUCCCGUUUUAUUUCUAAUGUGUUUUUUUAUGUAUCUUUGUACUCUUCUCUUUUGGUGCUAUAACGUUAAUUAGGCAAACAGUGAAGCCUCUCUUGGAAAAUAUGGCGGUGGAGUAGCUGGAGCUGCUGCUGGUGAAACCCUCUUCAUUAAAGAUCAUGCAUACUAAAAGAAGUUUUAUGUUCCUACAAUUCAACAAUAUCUCAAGUUAUAUCUAAUAUAUUUCAAAGAACUUUAUCUGUGUUGUUUCCUUUUCAAAUUUAUC